CAUCUGAUCAUCCACAUGUCCACGGCCAAGGCGCUGGCCGAGGCAGGACAUAAUGUUACCGUGGUGACAAUGCUGCAGCCCAAGGUGAUGCACAAGGACAUCCAUCUGAUUGUAGUGCCAGUGACGAAGGAGCAGGCGGAAGCCAUGGAAAACCAAAUGGCCAGUAUGGCCAGAAGUAAGAAUGACAUCAUAACCACCAAGUAUCUGCUCUUAAAUGGCCUGGAUGUGAUGGUCAAUUCCCAGGCUGAUCUGCUGAAGGACCCCAGAUACCAACGCGUUUUCGAGACCAAAUUCGAUCUGAUGAUAUUUGGCAGCUUUUUCAACGACUUUCAAUUGGGAGUUGCAGCCAAGCUGAAGGUUCCCGUAAUAGUCGACUGGAUGAUACCAUCCAACACCAUGAUUGAUGCGUUUGUGGCCAAUCCCUCGGAGGUCUCCUAUGUGCCCAAUGAAUCAACUUUUGCCACCACGCCCAUGUCCUUCCUCAAACGAGCUGAGAACUUGGUAAAGCACGUGAUUCUAAAAUACUUGACCAUACGCUUUAAUUACAAGUUUAACCGCAUCUAUAAUGAAAUCUUUACGGACAAAGAUAUGCCAACGCUCAGUGACAUGAAGAAGAAUAUAUCCUUGGUCUUCGUCGGUUCCCAUUUGAUCAGCGAUGGUCCAAUUCGACCUCUGGUGCCUGCUAUCAUUGAAAUUGGAGGUAUACAGGUGAAGGAGGAGCCAGAUCCACUGCCCCAGGACAUUGCAGAGAUCCUAGAUAGCUCCAGCCAAGGAGCGAUAUUUCUCUCAUUUGGUUCCAACACCAAGAGUUACAUGGUGAAGCCGGAAAUCGUGGCCAUCAUUUUCAAAGUGCUCUCCGGCCUGAAAGAGAAUGUUAUUUGGAAAUGGGAGGAUCUGGAGAACACACCCGGCAAUGCCUCAAACAUUUUCUAUAGGCCCUGGCUGCCCCAAGACGAUAUCCUGCCACAUCCGAACACCAAACUCUUUAUAUCACAUGCCGGCAAGAACAGCGUCACCGAGUCGCUGUACCAUGGAGUGCCCAUGGUGGUACUGCCCAUUUUCGGGGACCAACCCUUGACUGCGGAUCUAUUGGUGAAUUCGGGAUAUGGCGUGUCCCUUGAUCUGCAGUCCCUCACCGAAGAUGCCUUUCGCGAAGCCAUCAACGAGGUCCUGCAAAAUGAAAAGUACACUCUAGCGGUUCGCAAAUUCUCCGCCCUCUACAGGGAUCGACCUCUUACUCCAAAGCAGUCGGUUCUUUUCUGGGUGGAUUACGUUCUGCGGCAUCGUGGUGCCCCCAACUUGCAGAGUCCAGCGAUGCAUAUGGGAUUUAUUGAGCUACACAACCUGGACAUCUACGCCUUGGUGCUCACGAUCCUGAUAUUGUUGGUUCUCCUAAGUAAGCGGGCUGUGAAAUUUUUGCUUGGAAAGCCAGUGAGAAAAGUUAAAGCUCCUGCGGGAAAAAAGAAACAAUAG